AUGGGCUAUGAACCUGAAUAUGUUAGGUGGAGAUCAGAAAACAGAAAGAUAGAUGUUCGAGAAGGAUAUCGGACUGAAUUGUUCACGUUUUUGAGGGGAAGUCAGUGCGGUGGCUCUUGUCAAGUUGCAUGGAGCCAAUUGGGCGAUCAUAGAUGUCAAGCAGCAUUGAAUAAUUUCAACGCUCUCAAUGAUGAUGAAAAGUCUCUGUGUCCGAAUGCUAGAAAGGCUCUCUGUAGAUAUACCGAUUACAACUGCGUCGUUUAUGUGCCGAUGCCGAAGGAAGAUGGAACCACUGCAACUACAUUCACACAUGUGCCAUUGAAGAAGUGUGCAGAAAGAGUGCGUGGAUUUGCCCAGCAAUGUAGAGAAUUUAGAGAUUUCAUAGGUGCCAAGAACUAAAAUCAAUGAGCGAAGAUAUUUCAAAAUUUCUUCAAAAUUGGAGCUGUCAAAAAUAAACUGACUAACAUUUUGUGCCGUAAUAAAUAAGCUAUUUCCUAAGUUGUAGAAACU